AUGGCCACACCGAAGAAGCUUGCGAAAUUAAUUGUAAAGUCGGAUGAAACGCCUGCCGAAAACAUUCAAGGUUAUGUGCACGAGGUGUCCCCAUUGAAGACUUCCAAAAAUAACAACAAGUAUUUUAAUGCCAAGUUCCAGGAUAAUGAGUCUUUUUUGGACAUGGUGUGUUAUCGCAGCGAUUUGCUAGAGCAAAUGAAAGAACUAGAGAAGAACAGAACACCAGUGAUGCUACAAAAAAUCGGCAAAGCCAUAAGUCUCACCAAACCAGGAAAAUUUGAUGUCAAAAUAUUGAAGGACACUAGGAUUGCUCCCUGCAAGAAAUUGGAUUUUAGAUUUGAGAACCCACCGGAGUCGGAGGUAACCAGCAUUGCAGACAUAAAAGAUCAUGUCUUGGAAUAUGCCAAGGUGACUGUUGCAGCGAAAGUCCUAGAAGUCGGAGACAUUGAUAACCAGAUAACAAGUUCAGGAAAAUCAUUGAAGAAAAGGGAAUCUAUCAUAGCUGACAACAGUGGGGCCAUGGGGCUUACCAUAUGGGAGGAACAGAUAUCACUUGUUGAACCUGGUAAAUCAUACAAAUUCAAGAAUUUAACGCUGAGAAUCUGGAAUGAGAAGAAAAAGGUGUCCACGGCCAUAAAUUCUAGCAUCGAGGAAGUUGAAAACAUCGAAGCAGUAAACGACCAUGGAUAUGAAGACAUCACGAUAAAAAAGGAAAAAAACCAGCUUUUCAUUUUGUCAGCUUCAUGCAGCAAGGUGAGGAAGUGUACUAUUUGCAAUAGUACAAUACAAAACAUUAAUGAAGAAGUGAAAACAUUCAAAUGCACUAUCUGCAAUAUGCGGCAAAACAUUUCAAGCAUACAUAAAUUCUUAGAGUGCGAAAUAGUUGGGAUGCUGGACGGGAAACAAAGGAGACUCCAAAUACCAAAUCAAACACUGAAAUCGUUCUCCCCAACUCAAACCAUGGAAGAUUCUGAUGAAAUCGAAGAUGC